CUCCCUAAUGCUGGUUAAAACCCUCAGCCCCACACGCUGUUUGCAAAUUAACCUGUGACUGCUGACGCCCUAGAGGUAGGGACCUGACUGGGAGCAGCAUGUCAGCCGCCGUGGUCCUAGAGAACCGUGGCUUGGGCAGGAAACUUUCCGACUUCGGACAGGAAACAAGCUAUAUUGAAGAUAACUCCAAUCAAGACGGUGCCAUAUCACUGAUCUUCUCACUUAAAGAAGAAGUUGGCGCACUGGCCAAAGUCCUGCGCUUAUUUGAAGAGAAUGAUAUAAACCUGACCCAUAUUGAAUCCAGACCUUCUCGUUUAAAGAAAGAUGAGUAUGAAUUUUUCACCUAUCUGGAUAAACGUAGCAUGCCUGUGCUGACAAAUAUCAUCAAGAUCUUGAGACAGGACAUCGGUGCCACGGUUCAUGAACUUUCCCGAGAUAAGAUAAAAGACACAGUGCCCUGGUUCCCGAGGACCAUUCAAGAGCUUGACAGAUUUGCCAACCAGAUUCUCAGCUACGGAGCAGAGCUGGACGCAGACCACCCCGGUUUUAAAGAUCCUGUGUACCGAGCAAGACGGAAGCAGUUUGCUGACAUCGCCUACAGUUACCGCCAUGGACAGCCCAUUCCUCGAGUGGAAUACACAGAGGAAGAAAAGAAAACAUGGGGGACAGUGUUCAGGACCCUGAAGUCCCUGUAUAAAACACACGCUUGCUACGAGCACAAUCACAUUUUCCCACUUCUGGAAAAGUACUGCGGCUUCCGUGAAGAUAAUAUUCCCCAGCUGGAAGAUGUUUCUCAAUUCCUACAAACUUGUACUGGUUUCCGCCUCCGGCCUGUGGCUGGCCUGCUUUCUUCUCGGGAUUUCUUGGGAGGCUUGGCCUUCCGAGUCUUUCAUUGCACACAGUACAUCAGGCAUGGAUCCAAGCCCAUGUACACGCCCGAACCGGACAUCUGCCAUGAGCUUCUGGGACAUGUCCCUUUGUUUUCAGAUCGCAGCUUUGCCCAGUUUUCCCAGGAAAUUGGCCUUGCCUCUCUGGGUGCACCCGAUGAGUACAUUGAGAAACUCGCCACAAUUUACUGGUUUACCGUGGAGUUUGGGCUCUGCAAACAAGGAGACUCCAUAAAGGCAUAUGGUGCUGGGCUCUUGUCAUCCUUUGGUGAAUUACAGUAUUGCUUAUCGGAUAAGCCAAAGCUCCUCCCACUGGAGCUGGAGAAGACAGCUGUCCAGGAAUACACCAUCACAGAGUUCCAGCCCUUGUAUUAUGUGGCAGAAAGCUUUAAUGAUGCCAAGGAGAAAGUGAGAAACUUUGCUGCCACAAUCCCUCGACCCUUCUCAGUUCGAUAUGACCCCUACACCCAAAGGAUUGAAGUCUUGGAUAACACCCAGCAACUCAAGAUUUUGGCUGACUCCAUCAACAGUGAAGUUGGAAUCCUUUGCAAUGCUCUCCAGAAAAUAAAGUAACACCAUGGACUUAACCUGGACUGUCAACAGAGUAUCUUUUGAUGGCCAUUCAACUACUUCUAUUUCAUCUGAAAAAAGUCUGAGAAGCAAACUUUAAUUUGAAAUGACAGCCUUAACUCCUUUUUGGAACAAAAUGGAAAAUCAACAAAUAAAUCAAAAUAAACUGAAAUGACAGAGUAGUAAUAUAUACCCUUAAAGCAUAAUGGUGGAUCUUUUGGGAUCAUCUUUGAUUCAGAGAUGAUAAUCCCAUCAUCUCAACUCAGCUAAAUCAAUGAUUUGUUACUGAGGAAUUUCAACUUCCUGAAUGUUAAUUAGGAUCUGAGGCCUGCUUCAUUCCAGUUUCAUAUAUGCUUUUGUUAUUUGCCAUAGAGGAAUAUAUAAGGCUAAAUGUAAACACAAGAUGGUAAUUACAAUUGAAUGAUUGGACUUACUAUAAAUUUUAACCUAUAAAAUGUAUUUCCUAUUUGAGUUAACUAUGAUUUUCUUCUUUGUUAAUUUACCCAUAUAGAUUACCUUUAAUCAGGGGCCCAUUAACAUAUAAUAUUUAUAAAAGUAUUAAAGUUCUAUGGCAUAAUAUAAAACAUUUGUGUAUGUUUUAUUAUCACAAUAAAUACUGCUAUGUAAGGUAA